AUGGUCAACUUCCUCAAGCGGAUGCGGAAGCUGAAGACAAUGCUCGAAGUUCGAGUUGGUCUCGGUGCCGCCCUCUUCCCCAGCGAAGCAAGCGCCACAAAAGAAUUCCCAGCGGUCACCCGCCUCCACCUCACAUACGCCCGCAAGAUCUACGGCGGCCACCACGGCGCACGACUCUUCUGGCGCCAAUGUCUCCCGCGACUGAAAUACCACAACCCCGGCGUCGGCAUGACAGUCCAACAAACCGACGAACAAGAAGGACCGGCCGCAUUGACAAUCUACUUCAACGAGCGAUUGAGCAGCACCGCGGCUGGAAUUGCGGGCAAGCAGUUUGCUGAUAAGCAUGCGCCGAAGCCGGAGGCUACGGAGAAGUCUGUUAUUGUGGAUUUGAAGAACCUGGAUGCAAAGGAGAUUUGGUCUCGGGUGCAGGCUUCGACCGGAGCUGCGGAUGUUCCUACUAGCGCUGAGGAUGAGGCUGAGGCGAAGAGACUGGAUGCUAUUACCGCCAGGGCUGUUGGUGAUAAGAAGCGUAUACAGGCUAUGCGGCAGGCGAAGAAGGAUCAGGAGCGUAUGCUUGCUGAGGCGAGGGGUGAGGUUGAGAAGCUGAAGCAGGUGUAA